AUGGAUAUUGAUCUCUUGUGGGCUCUUGGGGGGUGGUUUCUUGUUCCUGAUUGCAUGGCAGCAUUUAGAACAACAACAAUCUCUGAAACCUCCACAAAAUCACACCCUUUUCUUCUCUUUCUAGCCCUUCUCUUCAUCCUCCUCAUCCUUGUCCACCCUGCUCACCAGUCAAGGCCUUCAGCCAUGGAUUCUUCAAACAUUACUCCAUCCCAAAGGCUCCUCCUCUCUUCAGACUCAUCUCCCACUUCCACUGUGAACCUGCACCCCAAGCAGACCCAUGCCUCUUCUUCUCCCUCUUCUUCCUCAUCCGCGGCGUCUUCUCGUAGAGAGUUUAAAGCCGGUGCUCAUGAAGUCCCCAGCGGCCCAAAUCCGAUAUCGAACAGGUAA